GUGCGUCGAGAACCACUCGAGAGAGAGAGAGAGAGAGAGAGCGCGGACGGCGAGGCAGCGGGAGACGGCCGCUCCCCCUCCCCCUCUCUCUCUCUUGGCCGCCAUUUUGCAUCUCUCUCCUCGCCGGCCGUCACAAGGUUGAAAGCGAUCUGGGGACUUCUCGUCUCCUCCCCCGAUCUGGGGAUGACUAGAAAGCAACUCGCCUCUAUUUUCUUUUUGUUGUGUUGGGUUGUUUCUUGGGUGUUUCUCUUCGUGUCUCUCCAUAGCGACAUCUUCUUGAUGCUACUGCUCCUCUUGUUUGGCUUUCGUUCUGCGAAAAGGACAUGGUUUUCUCUGAUCAAUCUGUGGGGGGUUUUUUUGGAUCCCCUAACUGUUUGUUGGAAGCUUCUAAUCAUGUUUUUAAUGGAUCUUGUGUACUUUAAAGAAGGACCGUCUUGUGCGAUGGGAGCAAGGUUUUCUGGUCUAUUACAUAUUCUUCGUCGGUUGGUUCCAAACUUCCAAUAGCGUUUGUCCUGGAGAUUUUCGAUGAGGAAUGUUUCUGUCAGCAGGGUCCACCGUCUCUCUUUGUUUUUUUUCUAAAUUCUUUCUUGGAUAGUGUCAAGAUUGUUAAAAAUGCGAUUUCAAUCUUCUCGAAAAAAAAUGCGAUUUCUUUCCUAUUUUUCCAUUUCCACCUUGCAUGAACCGUCGGAGUUUCCGCAGCAUCAGGAACGGUCGUUUCCUUUUCCCUGCCUUACCGCGAGCGUUUCUUGUUUUGCUUUUACAGGGUCGUGCGUGACUCGUGAGUAGGUUCCAUGGCGAGCCAGCACCGCGGAGGAGGCCGGCCCGGCGGUGGCGGCCGGGGCCAGGCGAACCCGAGCGUCGCCCAGGGGGCCCGGGGCUACGGCGGCGGAGGCGGCGGCCGAGGUGGGCAGUACUACUACGGCGAUGACAGCGGCGGACGCGGUGGUGGCCGAGGCGGUGGUCGGGGCUUUGACGGCCGCGGCGGCGGUUACCAGCAGGGAGGCCGUGACGGGGGCGGCGGUAGAGGCGUUGGCGGCUACCAGGGAGGAGGUCGUGAUGGAGGUGGGUUCCGAGGUGCUGGCGGUUACCAGGGACGCCGUGAUGGGGGCGGUGGCGGCUACCAGGAAGGCCGCGGCGGGGGCCGAGGCGGUGGCGGUUACCAGGAAGGCCGUGGCGGGGGCCGAGGUGGCGGCGGUUACCAGGAAGGCCGUGGCGGGGGCCGAGGUGGCGGCGGUUACCAGGAAGGCCGUGGCGGGGGCCGAGGUGGAGGCGGCGGCUACCAUGGACACGGUGGUCGUGGAGGUGGCGGCGACUACGGACGCGAGCGCGGUCACGGCGGGCAGCCGGGCCAACCCGAUCUGCGCCAAGCCGGGCCACCCCUCGCGGAGCGCUACGCGGCCGAGGCCGCCGCCCUGCGGGAGAAGUUCAAGACGAUGGACAUCCACCGCGACAUGCCCAUGUCGCCGGUGCGCCCCGGGUUCGGCGCCGCCGGGACGCCCUGCGUUGUCAAAGCUAACCACUUCUUCGUCGGCCUCAUCGACAAGGACCUCCACCACUACGACGUGACGAUCUCACCGGAGACGACGCUCAAGGGCGUGUACAGGGAGGUCAUGUCGAAGCUGGUGUCCGAGAAGCGGCAGACCGAGCUCGGCGGCCGCCUCCCAGCUUACGACGGCAAGAAGUCGCUGUUCACUGCCGGCGAGCUGCCGUUCAAAACCAAGGAGUUCGAAGUCACCUUGCCUGGAAGGACGGAGAAGAGGUACAAGGUGCUGAUCAAGCACGCCACGGCGGUCAGCCUGGACCAGCUGAUGAUGCUCAUGGCAGGCUACCACACGGACAUCCCGGCGCACGCGCUGCAGGUCCUUGACAUCGUGCUGCGUGACAUCGUGCUCAACGAACGCAACAUGGAUUACACUGCUGUUGGCCGGUCCUUCUUCUCUCGGGUCAUAGGCACGGUGAGUCUUGGCCAGGGUGUCGAGGGAUGGAAAGGUUUCUAUCAGAGCAUCAGGCCAACACAGAUGGGAUUGUCAGUGAUCGUAGACAUAUCGUCAACAGCGUUCAUUCAACCCAUGUCACUGAUUCAAUUUGUGAUGGAGAUUCUGAAUAAAGAUAACCCGAGGACAUUUGGAAAUAUUACUAACAUGGAUUAUGCCAAGCUCAAAAAGGCGCUCAAGGGUGUUAGGGUUGAAGUCACACACCGAGGAGAUGCACGCCGGAAGUACCGGAUUGGCACCUUGACACAAAGUCGCCCUUCUGUAAUGGACUUUGAAUCCUCACCUGGAGUCCGGAAGACUGUCACGGAUUACUUCAGAGAGGCAUACCAGAUGGAAUUACAGUAUGGUUUUCUCCCAUGUCUCCAAGUUGGCAGUGAUGAGAGGCCGAUCUAUCUCCCUAUGGAGGUUUGCAAGAUCGUUCCUGGACAGCAGUACAGGAAGAAGCUGGAAAGCCAACAGGUGUCUAAGCUAAUGGACUCAACAUGCCAACAUCCAUCUGACCGUGAGGCAAACAUUUGUCAGGUUGUUAAAAGCAAUGACUACAAUAGUACUGAGCGUUCAAAUGAAUUUGGCAUGGAGGUUGACUAUCGUCCUACUUCAGUCCCGGCUAGAGUUCUGCCAGCUCCCACUCUGAAGUACUAUGGUACUGGAUCUGAAAGUUUGUGCUACCCAAAGGAUGGGCAGUGGAACAUGAUGAAAAAGCGAGUAGUAGAUGGCGCAAGGGUUUGCAACUGGGCCUGCAUUAACUUUUGUCAUGAUUUGCAAAUGAAUAAUGUUAAAAAAUUCUGCUCUGAUCUGGCUACAUGGUCUCGAACCACUGGAGUGGUCAUGGAUGAGUUGAAGCUUCCUAUAUUCACUGCUCGUCCAGGUCAAGUUGAAGCUGAUCUUAGUAAGUGCUGUCAGGAUGCACGGAACAUGCUGAGAGGGCAAAAGAUUGGCCUUCUGCUUGCUAUAUUGCCAGAUAAAAAUGGUAGCUUAUAUGGAAAUUUCAAAAGGAUCUGUGAGACAGAGAUUGGGAUCAUGUCACAAUGUUGUUUGGCGAAACAUGUUAUUCGUGCAAGUCCUUCGUACUUCGCGAAUGUUGCUAUUAAGAUCAAUGCCAAGGUUGGAGGGAGGAACACAGAAUUUGCUAACCCCCAAGAAAGUUUACCGAUUGUUUCGAGCGAACCAACAAUUAUAUUUGGCGCUGAUGUUACUCACCCUGCUGCUCUAGAUGAUAGCACUCCUUCCAUUGCUUCUGUUGUUGCCUCCCAAGACUGGCCCAAGGUGGCUAAGUAUAAUGGCGUUGUCCGUGCACAAGGUCACCGUCAAGAGCUCAUCAAUGGCCUGGAAGACAUUGUCAAGGAACUCCUACUUGCAUUCGAACAAGGGUCUAAGCAGAGACCAAAGAAGCUUAUCUUCUACAGGGAUGGAGUAAGCGAGGGCCAAUUCAAACAAGUGUUGGAACAAGAAAUCCCGGAGAUAGAGAAGGCAUGGAAAUCUUUGUACAAUGAGAAGCCACACAUCACCUUCAUAGUUGUGCAGAAGAGGCACCACACAAGGCUCUUCCCUGACAACCACAAUGAUCGCCGCUGGACGGACAAGAGUGGAAAUAUUCUACCUGGCACUGUAAUUGAUAAGAAUAUAUGCCACCCAACAGAAUUUGAUUUCUUCCUGUGCAGCCAUGCUGGUAUCAAGGGAACAAGUCGCCCUACGCAUUACCAUGUGCUGCGAGAUGACAACAAGUUCACUGCAGAUGGUCUGCAGUCCCUCACAUAUAACUUGUGCUACUUGUAUUCAAGCUGCACUCGCUCGGUAUCAAUCGCUCCACCCGCAUACUACGCCCACAAGCUCGCGUUCCGUGCCCGCUUCUACAUCAACCAAGGCUCCGACGUGGCGAUUAGCGGCAGCGAGAGCAAUUCAUCUGCUCCUGCUGCUGGCCCGUUCCCACUUCCAGCGAUCAAGGAUGAGCUGAAGAGGUCCAUGUUCUACUGCUAGUCCUUGACCACCGACAGCCUCCAGAACAAGGCUUUGCUCUACUGAGGUUCUGUUCUUGGAAUGUGCUCUGAUCGAAGGAUGGAGGCCUGGAGAAUAACGUCUGCAGUUGCCGCUUUUCUGUUUCCGUUUCUUUUAAGUACUGCUGUUCGCAGUGACGGUGUUACAUGUUCGUUUUUUUUUUGAGGAGGUGGUGUUACAUGUUCGUGGUUCGGUCUGUUACUAUGGACAAACAUUGAAGUCUUUGUGCUAAGUUACGUUAUUACUA